CUACCAACCAAACCAGCCUGCGCUCGCCUGCACAUCCGUCUUGCAGAAAUUUGCGACUACGCCUGUUGAAAUUGUUACCAGUAUUCUUCCUCCACUGGCUACGACGUCGUCUGGUCUCUGUCGGGACGAUUUCCUGCCUUUGCAAGUUGCCGUCGCACUUUGCCAACCCCCCACUUCCGACCUCAGAAAUUUACGACCUGACACUGUUGCAGUGCACGCACUGCAACUCACGCUUCACAGCCUCCCAGCGGUCGAAUCCCAGGUCCGGUCAGUGUUUCACCCUUUCCGACACAAGGGUGAGGCCAAACAGCGACUUCCUGGGAGUCUGUUCUCCGAUUAGCCUAUCUACGGCUUCACCAUCCACCGCUCUCUGGUGUCCAGGCCCUCAGGGCAACGGUGCCCGUCAUGGCGUGGCAACCGGAGGAGGAGGCGCUGAGACAGUUGUCUGAAUACCUCAAGAACUCAUUGAGCGGUCAUGACAGAAAAAAACAAAAAGAGGCUGAGCUGAUGAUCAUGAACGCGAGGAACAAUAGUGAUUAUGUGAAUUAUUUGACAUAUAUCUUCAGUACAGCGCAGCUAGGACAGCAGCUCCAGCUCAAUGCCCCUAGCCUGUUCCUCAUUCGAUACGCCGGCGGCGUCAACCUCAAGAACCAUAUCAAGCUUUUCCACUCCAGCAUUCCGAAAGACCAAUUGGCGUACAUCAAAGCGGCGACCCUCACAGUCCUCCAAGACCCGAAUCCACAAUUGAGAGGUUUCGCUGGAACGGUCAUUACCGAGAUCGUGACACAGGGUGGAUUGCUACAAUGGCCAGAGAUCUUGCAAGAGUUAUUGUCGCUCGUCGGCAACAAUGCCGGCAAUGUGCCUGCGGAAACCCAAGAGGGGGCUAUGUCGGCGCUGGCAAAGGUCUGUGAAGACAACCGAAAGUUGUUGGACAAGGAAUUUCAAGGCCAGAGACCAAUGUCUGUCAUUGUGCCCAAAUUGUUGGAUUUUGCGACUCAUUCCAACCCCAAGAUCCGAGUACUUGCAUUGAGCACGCUCAAGACUUUUAUACCGCAAAAGUCACAGGUUCUAUUCUCGGCUCUGGACGUUUAUCUGCAGGCAAUUUUCCAGCUGGCCUCAGAUCCGGAUGUGCAAGUCAGGAGGAUUGUCUGUCAAUCCCUCGUCCAGCUCGUGGAGACUCGACCAGAUACUCUCUCUCCACAUCUCGAUGGCCUUGUGAACUAUAUUUUGACACAACAACAGUCCUCUGGAAACUCCGAUCUCGCUCUCGAUGCCGCGGAAUUUUGGCUCAGCGUGGGAGAGCAAGAUCAGCUAAGAGAUCGGAUGGGGCCAUAUCUGAACAAAAUCAUCCCCGUCUUGCUUGCGGGAAUGGUCUAUGGAGAGGAAGAAGUCUCCCGGCUUGGGGGUGAUGAAAAUAAUGCCGACGUCGAAGAUCGAUCAGAAGAUAUCAAGCCUCAGUUCGCUCAGACCAAAGCCGGAAGAGGUGUCAAGUCGGAGAAAGAGGAGUCUGCUCCAGGUACGCCUCAGGCCAAUGGCACGCCCUCGAAGAAUGACGAUCUCAGCGAUGGGGAGAUCGAGGAGGAAGACGAGGAUGAGGAAUGGGAUGAUGAUGAUCCUGAAAAUGCCUGGAGCCUGAGAAAAUGCUCCGCAGCUGCACUGGACGUUUUUGCCGUUAAUUACGGAGUGGCUGUCUUUGACAUCAUUCUGCCUUACCUGAAGGAAAACCUCUCCCACAGCCUCUGGCCUAAACGUGAAGCGGCAGUCCUAGCCCUCGGCGCCAUCGCAGAGGGCUGUAUGGAUGUCGUUUCACCGCAUCUGCCCGAGCUUGUGCCCUUCCUGAUCUCCUUGCUUUCGGACGAAGAGCCGGUGGUCCGACAGAUUACCUGCUGGUGCUUAGCACGAUAUUCCGAAUGGGCAUCCAGUCUGGAGUCACCAGCAGACAAACAACGUUUCUUUGAGCCUAUGAUGGAAGGCUUGCUGCAUAGAAUGUUGGACAAGAACAAGAAAGUACAGGAAGCCGGAGCUAGUUCAUUCGCCAGCCUCGAGGAGAAGUCGGGCGACAAACUCAAGCCUUACGUUGAACCUAUCCUUCGCCAAUUCACCGAGUGCUUCAAACGAUAUAAGGACAAGAAUAUGUACAUCCUGUACGACUGUUUGCAAACACUGGCCGAGAACGUUGGGCAGGAUAUCGCCAAACCCGAGCUCGUCAACCUUCUUAUGCCAGUGCUUAUUGAGCGAUGGAACAGGAUUCAAGACGACUCUAGAGAAAUGUUUCCCUUGUUGGGUUGUCUAGGCUACAUCGCCAUGGCAUAUGGCGACACUUUUGCUCAAUUUGCAGCUCCGAUCUUUGACCGCUGCAUCAAAGUCAUCUAUGCAAACUUGCAGCACCACAUGGCAUUUGUGUCCGGCCAGACGGUGGACGAACCAGACAAGGACUUUCUAGUGACAGCCCUCGACCUAGUCUCUGCCAUUAUCCAGGCCAUUUCUCCCGGGAACUCGGCACCGCUCGUGCAGAACUCUCAACCACAAUUCUUUGAUCUGCUCUCGUUCUGCAUGGAAGACCCCAGCACCGAUGUCCGGCAAUCUGCAUAUGCUGUCUUGGGCGAUUGCGCCAUAGCCAUCUUCAGCACACUCGACCCCUAUCUCGACAAACUUCUCCCCGUGUCGAUCCGACAGCUCGACCUUGACGCUGUGCCCGAUUACGAUUCCGAGAACAGCUUCAACGUGCUUGCCAACGUAUGUUGGUCCCUUGGCGAAAUUGCCGCACGCGCAUCGACCUCUCGCAUCUCUUCUUUCGUCGAGCCCAUCUACCGCGGUCUCGUGACGAUAAUCAAGAACGAAGAAGUUUCGGACCCCGCAAGCGAGAAUGCCGCGACGGCCCUUGGUCGUUUCGGCCUCGUUUGUCCUGAACACCUUGCGCCUUUCCUGGGCGAUUUCGCGGAGCCCUUCUUGUCGAGCAUGUCCAAGAUCAGCACAUCCCAUGAAAAGGCCAGCGCUUUCUUGGGCUUCAACAACGUCAUCGAGCGCAACCCCCAGGCCAUGGAGGCCAGUCUGGCGCUGUACUUCUCGGCCAUUGCCCAGUUUCCUCAAAAGGGAAAACAGGGUGCCGAUUAUGGCGAGGUGCGCGCGAGCUUUGGACGAGUGAUACAGGGAUAUGUCGGGCUGAUUGGACAGGAGGGCUUUCGCAACUUUCUGAGUGGAUUGAGUGCGCCCGUCAAACAAAAGUUGAGUGACGGGUACGGCCUGGGAUCUUGAUCAGGCCCGUGGCUGUUUUUUUUUUGGCGUGGGUUGAGCGACAACAAGGCCUCAUGCAUGACGUUGAACCGGACUCGUUCAUCCACCCCUCGAGAGUCCCACAACAGCCGCCGAUUUAUAGGAAUUAAAAUGGGAGUUUUAUGAAUUUACGAUGACGACCCUGAUAAGGGGAGAGAGGAGGAGCGGGAUUUCGUGGCCGUGCAACAAAGGGAUCGUUUUGUGUCUCGCGUGACACCUCCUCCAGGACGUGGCACUUGCAAAUUCAACCGUCGAGUUGAGAGACACUCGAGCGGUCUGCGGGGGGAACAAAGCACUCAAGAUGCAUGACGAUGGCAUUCUCAACUUGUCGAAAAUUGGUCGACCCUGCGACGGAACCACGAAGCGAGAAUCGAACCAAACUUCUCAAGCACGCAUUCGUCGAGGUUUGAGCGUAUCCCCCCCCUUCUUGGAGGAAGAUGAAGAAGACGAAAAGGGGUCCGCCGGUCUUUUCCCCCCCCCUUCUUCCACAAGGCGAAUCCGCGGGAGCGAGUCCGUGACCGGGACGGUAGAUGAAAGUUUAGGUAGUUUUCUCUUUCUUUUUCUCCUUCUCUUCUCGGUUUCAAAAACCAACCCGACCCUGCGUUUCCUCAUUCCCACGAGGGGAGAGACGUAGGUCCACGCCCUCCACAAGUAGGUAGCCAGGUAGAUAUUAGAUAGCAUAGCGUGGGAACAUACGGAAUGGCUAGUACCGAGUAUAAACUUG